AUGGCCUCCCCCGAGCCCGCACGCGUACCCAUCCCCAAGAAUGGCGUCGACUACCGCGGCAAAAUAGUGCUUGCGCCAAUGGUGCGCUCCGGCGAACUGCCCUCACGACUGCUGGCACUCAAGUACGGCGCAGACCUGGUAUGGGGUCCCGAGACAAUUGAUCGCGCCAUCAUCGGUACCACAAGGCGCUUCAACCCGCACACGUCGACGCUCGAGUUUACACGCCUGCCUACCUCCAAGAUAAAGAACCCAACCCUCGACCCUGACCUCCGCGAGAGUGUCAUAUACCGCAUACACCCCGAGUUAGAGAAGGGAAAGCUCAUCUACCAAAUCGGUACGGCAAACCCCGAGCUCGCAGUCCAAGCAGCCAAGAUUGUCGCAGCAGAUGUCGCUGGCAUCGAUGUCAAUUCAGGCUGCCCCAAGCCAUUUUCCACCUCUGGUGGAAUGGGCGCAGCACUUCUGAGAACACCAGAUCUGCUCUGUGACAUCCUUACAAGACUCGUCGAAGAGGUGGGCAAGCCAUUCGAGAUUGGCAUCAGCGUCAAGAUUCGCAUCCUCGACCAGCCCGAAGACACUGCCGCCCUGGUAAAGCGCCUCGUCCGCACCGGCAUCACCGGUCUCACUGUCCACUGCCGCACCACGCCCAUGCGCCCCCGCGAGCGCGCAAUCCGCGACCAACUCAAAAUGAUUGGGGAAAUCUGCCGAGAAGCCGGCGUUGCCUGCGUCAUGAACGGCGACGUAACCUCGCGCACCGAAGCCCUCAAACUCAUGCAAGAAUUCUCCGUCGACGGCGCCAUGAUCGCUACCGAAGCCGAGAAAAACCCUUCCUGCUUCCGGCCCGAAGCCCUAGGCGGCCCCCACGAAUGGCGCUCUCAGUGGAAAACCGUAGUCACAGAGUACAUGCGGUUUGCCCUCCAAGUCGCCAACAGAUGGGGCAACACCAAGUACCUCCUUGGCCAAAUGAUUCCGGGCAAAGAAAAGGCGUACGCUGCGAUGAAUAAGUCGAAGUGCUAUACCGAUGUUGUUAAAGCACUGGGGUUGGAGAAAGUAGAGGGUUUGUUGGAGCAGGCGCAGAAGGUGGAUGAGCAUCUGGGUAUUCCGAUUCAAGAGUCUAGAGCGUCGAAAAGGGCGAGGGUCAAGGAGGCGAGGGGGCCCGAGGAGGAGGUUAAGGAAAAGGGAGAGAAGAGAAAGGAGAGGGAGGCGGAGGGGGAGGAAUUGGAGGCUAAGAGGAUUAAAGUGCCGGAAACGACGACUGAGGUAGAGCCAGAGGCGGAGGCGGGGAUUGCGCAGGUGAAUGGGGGGUUGGCACCGGCGGCUUUGAGUGUUUAG